UCAGUGUGUAGUCAGCUGCAACGUCGUGACUUUGCGGAAAUUUGUGUGUGACAUUCUCGUGGUAAUUUAUAAGCGUUUAUAAUCUGCAAACAAGAUUGAGUGAAAAAAUUGUUCCGGGAGUAAAUUAACACGACUGUAGAACUGAAGCCAUGGACCAGGACCCAACUAUGUGCAUAAAAAAAGAGGAAACAGAUGAAGUAAAAAUUGAGUUACACUCCAUGGUGAAAGUUUUAAGGUGCAUAGGCUAUAGAGCAUCAGCCUGCCACAGACCCAUCUCAUUCUGUUCCUGCAGGAGGCCAGCUGCCACUUUCUGCUCCAGAAGAAUUACAGGUGUCCAUCUGCAAGAACAACAGGAGCUCAAAAUUGGUUUCUUGAAGACCCAUUAAAGACUGAAGGACCUAGUGUUUCGGUAAAGCAAGAUCCCGAAGUGAAACAACAUGCUGAUGGAUCAGAGCAUAAUUCUGUUAAAGAUCCAUUUGGAGUAUCUUGGUCCACUGAUUUUAUCAAGGAGGAUCCUGAAUUGAAUUUGGAAAUCGUCACUGAGGAUAUUGCUGGUGAACAAAGCUGAUGGUGGAAUGUACCUCUACAGUCCCAUGCAUAGGUCAGGCCCAUCCAGUACUGAGUAUAUACCCUGAUAACACCACCAGCUGUCUACUGCAGAUUUUGUCAGUCAAGCAACAUCUAAAAGUGGAAACCUCAACAAGAUACACAUAUGAUAGUGCAAGAUUGACUCAGAGUACUGGUGGGAGCUGUGGCACAUUAUGUGAGGAAACUUAUCACCAUGGGCUAGUCCAGGAUAAGUUGGUGAUAGACAAGAAGACGUCAACACAUGAGUUGGGUCCCAAUACAGAAGAUGUGAUUAUUGAUAAGGAGUGCUCAGUUGCUACCCGAUAUGACUGUAGUACAAGGGAAAAGGAAUUUCAUGUAUAUAGCUGUAAUUUCUGCCGACAAAGCUUUCCUUCCAAAUACAGGCUCAUAAUGCAUGUGUUUGUGCACAUUGAUGGUACGCAACCACCUUUGUAUGUUUGUAAGUGGUGUGGUGAGGUAUUUCACAGUAAUGUUAGUUUGAAAAAACAUUUGAGAAUGAGUGAGAAUUCUGUCUUACCUGCUAGCAACCAUGAAAAAUACGGCGAUAGUGAUCAUCAUCAAAGCAGUAUCUUCUUGGAUAGUGAGCGAGAAGUUUCUGUUACAGAACACAAUGAGCAGUCUUCGUGUAAGGAAACUUCGAAAGCUUCAAAGAAGUCCUCUAAUGACAGGCGUUACACACAUAGGAGAAAUGAUACGGAGAAAUCAAAUGAUUAUGGAGCUUCAUCCACAGCUGUUAAUGUCACUCCCCAGGCUGAUCUACUUACUGCAAACAGAACCCACAAAUGUGAUAUUUGUGGCAAAUUGUUUGCUAGGUCAUGUCAUCUGAAGACUCACGUAUUAAUUCACACUGGAAAGAAACCUCACAAAUGUGAAAUGUGUGGGAAAUCUUUUACUAUGUUAAGUGAUCUCAAGAAACACACAUUAAUUCACACUGGAAAGAAACCUCACAAAUGCGAGGUUUGUGGGAAAUGUUUUACUAUGUUAGGCUAUCUUAAGAAACAUUCAUUCUUCCACACUGGAAAGAAACCUCACAAAUGCGAGGUUUGUGGGAAAUCUUUUGCUAUAUCAGGUGAUCUCAAGAAUCACACAUUAAUUCACACUGGAAAGAAAGCACACAAAUGUGACAUCUGUGGGAAAUCUUUUACUACGUCAAGCAGUCUCAGGGCACAUGCUUUCAUUCACACGGGACAGAAACCUAACAAAUGUGUUAUUUGUGGGAAAUGUUUUGCUUUGUCAGGCAAUCUCAAGAAACACACAUUAAUUCACACUGGAAAGAAACCUCACAAAUGUGAGAUUUGUGGGAAAUCUUUUGGUAUGUUAGGCACUCUCAAUAGGCACGUAUUAAUUCACACUGGAAGAAAGCCUCAUAAAUGUGUAAUCUGUGACAGAAGUUUCACUCAAUUGAGUACGCUCAAGACACAUGCAUUACUCCACUUGAGAAAGAAACAAGUAGUUGUUAGUUUAAGCAAAUAGGUAUCCCUGGUUGGUGCUCUCAAGGCCUGUAAAAUAAUGGAUGUAGCAGGGAGACAAUAAAUGGUAAUGGCUGUGAAAUAACAGUAUAAUGUGGUAGAAUUGUGAAAAAAUGUGUAAUUAUGUGUACUUUAGAGUGGUAGCAGAUAAAAUGGCAAUAUAAAAAUCCGUAUCUGCAGCUUGAAAUGUCAAGAAAUUGUAUUGCUAAAUAUGCCUCAAACGUGAAUCAAAUAUGUUUGUCAUUAACACUAUUUUUUUCCUAUCGAUCUUGAGACAAGAGGAUUCUGAAUUGUGAUAAAUACUUACCUUCGUCAGUAAUUAUAAGUAGCAUGCAAUAUUCAGUAUAAGGCCAAGGAAAUGUCAUGACUUUCUGAUUAUUAUCCCUAACAUAGUCACCAUGUAUUACUUGUAACUCUGCAUUUUAGAAACAAUGUUAGCAAUUGGGAACCCAUAUAUUAUGGCAGUUCCUUCUCUCAGGCUAGUAAACUCAACACUGGAGAAACAUGAUUAUGGCAAUUAUUUUACUCAGGUAUGUUUUCUCAAGAGAUUUACUCUGUGUGUCAUUAAUAGUGUAUACAUUUGUUCUGUUAGUACUAAUCCUGCAUUAGUAAAUGUAACAACAAAUAUAACAACCUGCUUAAUAGCAUGAUUGUCCACGUUUGGAACACAAUGCGUAGACAGUUCUACAUGAUAGGGACUUGACAAGUUGUUUACAUGUUUCUGGAAGUAUGUUGCACCAGAUGUUUUAUUAAAUCUUAUUUAAAGUA